AUGACUUGCAACCACAAGUGGAGAUCAUACACGAAGAGGUUUAAAAAGAAUUUAUUGGCCAAUGAGAAUGAGGGAAAUCCACUUGAAACCUACUCAGAUCUGGAGAAGAAUGCAUUGCAAAAAUUUAAGGAAAGGAUAUCAUCAAAGGAAUUCCAGGUUAUAAGUGAGAAAGCAAAGAUGAGUUCAAUGUGUAAUACAAAUCCAGCCCAAGUAGGCCCAUGUGGUUAUCGGGGCAACAAACCUAUGUGGGAACUAGAGAAGGCAUCGGGUGAGCUGUCGUCACGGUUCUAUGAGAUAAAAAGCGAGCGUUCAUUAGAUUAUGUGUUGGGGAGAAGAUAUAAAAAUGAGUCAGGUUCAAAACCUUCUACACUUAAUGGUUCGGAAACGUUGGGCAAGUGUGCUUUCCUAAACCCAUAUAAGAUUCUUGGUAAAGUCUGUCAGGAAACUCCGAUUGAUGUCGUCAAUUAUCUCGUUGAUGUGAUGCGUCUUCAUCAUGGAAAAUCAUUUCUUAUUGCACCAUACCUGCAAAAUACGCAUUGGGUCCUCUUGGUGAUUUGCCCUUCAAAUCAUAUUGUAUACAUUUUGGAUUCUCUGAUGAAGCCUAUGAAAAAUCCUGUUGACAACUACUACCUGCUCAAACUUCUAGAAAAGGCUUUUGAGAGGUAUGAAAAGAACACAUCAAUUUCAAUUGUAUGGAAGCUCGCUGAGUGCAACCAAGACGGUGUAUUGGAAAGUGAGCUGAGUGAGCAUUAUGUAACGAAUUGGAUCUUUGAUUUUGUGUUGAACGGACAACAUGGAUUUCCUAAUAGAUUUGGUACCCUUUGGAAUGACAAAACUACAUUUGAGGAAAAGGCGUUGGUUACAACUGUUGCUACAUGGGCCAGAGAAUUUCUGAAAAUAUUUAUGAAUGAUGUGGUUGUCUAA